GCCAUUGUUUGGUUAAGUAAAUUUUGAGAUAGAUAGAUCUAAGCUGGCUGAAUCACUAACAUGUCUAAACAGGUUUCAAGUAACACUCUACAGCAGGAGAAGAUCAUGCAGAACCCAUUUGAAGUCAGUGAUGAUCAGAUACUAGAGAAAGUUUACAUAACCCAUUUCCAUUGUGUUGAAAAGUAUGAUGUUGGAUCUCUCUACAGCGUUGCUUCAAAUGUUAUCAACCACUCAAUUGAAAUUUCUGAUUUGGUUAUUAAGAAUGGCCAACACAUUGAUCAGCUAAGAGAAGAAACAGGUCCAUUGCUCUCUUUCCCACGACUCCCUGCCUUGAAGCGAAUUGCUUGCCAGAUGAUAUGCACACCUCGUGGUGAGCAUUAUGCACAUCAAACAACCAUGUUGAUACUUGAACAGCUGAGAGACUUUUCGUGGGAUGCAAAAGCUGUGAUAGUUGUAGCAGCAUUUGCACUUGAAUUUGGCAAAUUUUGGCAACUUGCCCCUAUCCCAAGAGACAAGCUUGGAAAAUCUUUGGCAGAGUUGAAUGGGCUUCAGAGCAUGAUGGAAAACACUCAGCACCUUGCUAGCUUCAGCAUUUUGGUGAGGAAGGUCAUGCAAGUGAUUCAAUGCAUCACUGAUUGGAAGAAGCUAAUCACUGCAGAGUAUAGCAUAAAGGAUGUGGCUGCCUUGUCAGAUACUUUGCAUGAGAUUCCUGUUCUUACAUAUUGGACAAUCAUCACCUUGGUCACUUGUACUAGCAACAUUGAUUUCAUGGGUGAUAGGGGUUACAGAUACGAAUUAUCCAAAUUUGAUUAUAAGCUUGACUUCAUUCUCAAAAAUUUCAAGGACCAUCAGGACAAGUGCAACCUGCAGAUAGGGGCAAUAGAAGAUUACUCAAGGAGAAGGGAUAUUAUCAAUGCCAUUCAGACUGAUAAAGAAAAUGAUAUUGUGAAGUUUUUGGAAGCUCUUAUUAUUCCUAGUGAUUCUCAUGGUUCAAAACCAAUAGUGUAUAAUGGCCUCACUGGAGCACAGGUUGGAGUGGGAGAGUUUAAGAAUAAGUAUGUCUUAUUGUUCAUUUCGGGUCUUGACAACAUUGAACAUGAGAUUCAGCUUCUAAAAUCAAUUGAUGAAAAAUUGAAGGAGGAUCCAAAAGAACUAGAUGGUUACAGGAAAGAGGAUUUCAAGAUUUUGUGGAUCCCCAUAGUGGAUGCUUGGGAUGAUGACAAAAGGAAAAUUUUGGAAAAUGCUAAUAAGGUUGAGUGGUAUGUGGUGAAGGAGUUCAAUUUUCCAACAGGAAUGAGACUAAUCAAAGAGGUGUUGAACUACAAGGACAACCCUAUUAUCAUGCUCAUAAGCCCUGAGGGUAAAGUGGAAAACCCUGAUGCAAAGCAGAUUAUUUCUACAUGGGGGAUGGAUGGCUUCCCUUUCAGAACUUCUGAUCACACCAGACUUACUCAGCAGUGGAACUGGUUUUGGAAUGAGAUGAUCAACCUCAGUCCAACAAUAAGGGAAUUGAUCAAAAGGGACUGUUAUGUCUUCAUCUAUGGAGGCACCAACAGUAAGUGGAUCCAAGAUUUCUCUUCAGCAUUGGAGAAACUGAAAAACCAUGAAGCUCUCAGCUUAGAAGAAACCACAAUUGAGUCAUAUCCAUUAGGAAGGGAUAACCCCAAGGUUGUUCCCCGGUUCUGGAUCACCAUAGACAACUUGUUAGCAAGCAAGAAACUCAUGAUGAAGGGUGGAUCUGAAGAAGUGAAAGACUCCACAACAAGAGAGAUACAGAGAUUGUUGUUCCUUAAACAAGACCCUCAUGGAUGGAGCAUUCUGAGUAAAGGAUCUCAUGUGAAGCUUCUUGGUCAAGGUCAAAGCAUGCUUCAUACUGUCACAGAUUUUGAUGUUUGGAAAGAGAAACUGCACCAAGAUGUGAGCUUUGAUGUGGCUUUCAAGGAGUACUAUGAGAAGUGCAAGGCUAAGGAGGUUCCUCAGAGAUGUGAACAUAGGGAAUUUGCUAACUACCCCACUGAUAUUCUAGCUCACAUACCAUGUCCUAAUAAGUGUGGCCAUGAAAUGGGAGUGGCUUCUGUUAAGUACAUGUGCUGCCAUGGUCUUGAAACCACUGAUAUUGCCUGAGAGUAAAGAGGAAAGAAUGCAUGUAACUUCAAAGUUUGGUUUAUUUUUGUUCUGGUGUUUCCUAUUUAUAUGUGUCUGUCAUGUUAACCCAUGGUUGUUGUAUAGGCACUUGUUAUUGUAUCAAAACUUUAGUUUAAAUGUUGAUUUCCAUGCA